AUGGAGAAAUCGGAUAGGAUAGCAGCGGCGACGGCGGCGAGAGGCAAGAGAUUUCUUGAUUCAGGCUCUGGUGAUGAUGAAGGCCAGCCUGAUAGAAAAAGACCUGCUUUAGCUAGUGUGAUUGUUGAAGCUCUAAAGAUGGAUAGUUUGCAGAAACUUUGCUCGUCGUUCGAGCCUAUUCUUCGUAGAGUGGUUAGCGAAGAGGUAGAGCGUGCUUUAGCAAAACUGGGACCUGCCAAACUUACUGGACGGUCUUCUCCUAAACGUUUAGAAGGGUCUGAUGGAAGAAACUUGCAGCUGCACUUCAGAUCCAAGUUGUCCCUCCCUCUCUUUACAGGUGGGAAAGUAGAAGGGGAGCAAGGUGCUGCUAUUCAUAUUGUGUUAAUUGAUGGAAACACGGGCCAUGUUAUCACAUCUGGUCCAGAAUCCUCGGUAAAACUAGACGUUGUUGUGCUUGAAGGUGAUUUCAACGAUGAAGAUGAUAGUUGGAAUCAAGAGGAAUUUGAAUCUCAUGUGGUUAAAGAACGUGAGGGCAAGAGACCACUUCUAACUGGGGAUCUGCAAGUGACACUGAAAGAAGGUGUUGGAACUCUAGGUGAGCUGACAUUUACUGACAACUCAAGCUGGAUAAGGAGCAGGAAGUUCAGGCUAGGGCUGAAGGUUGCAUCAGGCUAUUGUGAAGGCAUUCGCAUUCUUGAAGCGAAAACAGACGCGUUCACUGUUAAGGAUCACCGUGGAGAAUUAUACAAGAAGCACUAUCCACCGGCAUUAAAUGAUGAGGUUUGGAGAUUGGAGAAGAUUGGAAAAGAUGGACCCUUCCACAAGAGGCUGAAUAAAGCUGGAAUAAAUACAGUUGAAGACUUCCUACGCCUAGUAGUUAGAGACCCACAGAGGUUGCGGACUACCCUUGGGAGUGGCAUGUCAAAUAAAAUGUGGGAAGCUCUUGUUGAGCAUUCAAAGACCUGUGUUCUGAGAGGGAAAUUUUUUAUCUACUAUCCUGAUGAUGCAAAUAAUGUUGGUGUUGUUUUUAACGACAUCUAUGAAUUAAGUGGCUUAAUAUCUAAUGGACAGUUCAACUCAGCUGAAUCUCUUCCUGACAAUCAGAAGGUCUAUGUGGACAGCUUGGUGAAGAAGGCAUAUGAUAAUUGGAUGCAUGUUAUAGAGUAUGAUGGCAAAUCCCUUCUAGACUUCAAGCAGAAUCAGGGUGCAGUUACUUCUCAAAAUGAUGUUCCAUCUGGUCAACAAGAGUUUUUGAACUUGUAUGAUCAUCAGGUUACUUUGCCUUCCCUACCAGCUCCAGUCCCUUCAGACCAGCUUGUUACGGACUCAGUUCCAGCUGUUGGAGCAUAUGACCAUGUUUCUUUCACAGAAGUCCUGCUGUUUGUUGAAAGCCCUUUGUAUUUCAUUACUGAGCUUGUUCAUAUAUUUGAUUGCUCUAAUGGAAAUCUGAACACCCCCAUUCAAUUCGAUGCCACUUCAUUGCCUUCCCAGAAUCCUCUGGGACCGAACCAUUUACUUUCUCUUGGCCCACCACAGUCUUCUUCAUCAGGCUUUCAGGCUUUUGGCUCAUCGAAUCUUAAUUCAUACACGGGAACAGAGGACUUCUUCUCAGAGGAGGAGAUUCGUACGAGAAGUCAUGAGAUGCUUGAAAAUGAAGAUAUGCAGCAUCUUCUUCACGUAUUUAACAUGGGAAACCAGGGCAUUGCCUCCUUCAAUGUCACUGAAGAUGGGUAUCCUUACUCAUCGAUGUACAUGCCCACCCCAUCUCCAAAUUACAGCCUUGGUGAUGAUCCAUCUCGUUCAUCAGGCAAAGCUGUUGUCGGAUGGCUGAAGCUCAAGGCAGCCCUGAGAUGGGGCAUCUUUGUCAGGAAGAAGGCUGCUGAGAGGCGAGCGCAGCUGACUGAGUUAGAUGAUUCUUAG